GUGCACCGCCACACAGGACCGUUUGGGAACAAUUUUGGAACUUGGAGCAGCACCAUGAAGCUCGACGCUACGGACCUACGCUACCUAAGUUCGGAUGAGUUUCGAGUCCUGACGGCGGCAGAGAUGGGAUCGAAGAACCACGAAGUGGUUCCUAGUGCGCUGAUAGCCCAGAUUAGCGGAUUAAGGGGAGGUGGCGUGAACAAAAACCUCGGAGAGCUUGCGAAGCGGAAUCUAGUGGCGAGGGUACAGAAUAUGAAAUAUGAUGGCUACCGACUUACAUAUGGAGGAUAUGACUACUUAGCCCUGAGGGCUCUUUCUAAGCGUGACACUGUGUACUCCGUCGGGAACAAGAUUGGCGUCGGGAAAGAAUCAGAUAUCUAUGUCGUCGCAGACAGGGAUGGAAAACAAAUGGUGCUCAAGCUCCACAGGCUAGGUCGUGUCUCCUUCCGUGCAAUCAAGAACACCCGGGAUUACCUGGGAAAGCGCAAGCACGCCUCGUGGAUGUACAUGUCCCGACUUGCUGCACAGAAAGAAUGGGCGUUUAUGAAAGUUCUGCAUGAACAUGGAUUCCCUGUCCCUACACCGAUAGAUCAAUCCAGGCACUGCAUACUCAUGAGCAUUGUUGAUGCAUAUCCUCUCCGUCAAAUAUCGGAUCAUCCUAACCCAGGGAAAUUGUAUUCCGCUCUCAUGGAUCUUAUCGUUCGCUUUGCUCGUGCGGGACUGAUACACGGGGAUUUUAAUGAAUUCAACAUCCUGAUCACUCGUGACACUGGAGCAGCCGUCGUUAUCGAUUUCCCUCAGAUGGUUAGCACGUCUCACCCAAAUGCGGAAUGGUACUUUAACCGCGACGUAGAGUGCAUACGCAAAUUCUUCAAGAGACGUUUUCGAUACGAAAGUGCACUUUACCCUCGCUUCCGUGCGUCCUUGAAUGAGGAAGGCGUACCAAGCUUUUCAUUAGACGUCGUCGCUGCAAAUGGUUGGAGAAAUAAAGACCAGCAGGUUUUGGAAGAUGUAAGUCCCACAAAGAUGCUUUCGUGUCAUUAAACUCAGAUUGGACAUUCACUAAGUACAUAACCAACAUUGCUGAAAGGGAGAGGGGAGAUGGGACCGGGGAGGAGGAAGGGGAGGAGGAAGAAGAGGAAGAGGAAGAGGAAGAGGAAGAGGAAGAAGAUGACGAUGAUGAUGGGGAUAGCGAGAUCAUCGGUGAAGGAUCUGCUCAUGGUCUGGCAAUAUCAAACGCCCGCCAUUCAGUUGAAACAGAGACGAUCUCAGGGGAACGCGAUUCGUCGUCAAGAGGACCCCUGCAGGAUCAAGCCCG